GGAAGAAGUGCUGAAUGAAACGUUAGUAUUGAUUGAAAAAAUACUGCGUUCAAAAAAUAGUUCACUGGCUAAGUGGGAGACAAUGCCAAAACCUGUUUUUAUUGAUCAUUCUGUUUAUGACAACAAUCUAUUACAAGAGGAGCUAAACUACGCAAGAGAAGAAUUGCGAGGGCAACAUGACGAGUGGAUUACACAGUUGACUGAUGAGCAAAGGUCUGUUUAUGAUGCAAUUCUAGGAUCGGUUAUGAGUGGUAAAGGUGGAGUCUUUUUUGUCUAUGGGUUUGGAGGAACGGGAAAAACAUUUUUAUGGAAUAUUCUUUCAGCUGCAAUAAGGUCAAAGGGUGAUGUUGUUCUUAAUGUUGCAUCUAGCGGUAUUGCUUCUUUAUUGCUUCCAGGUGGGAGGACCGCUCAUUCAAGGUUUGGUAUUCCUAUAAGUCCAGAUGAGUUCUCCACUUGCAAUAUAGAACCUGGAAGCAAUCAGGCCGAAUUGGUUGCGAAGGCUUCAAUGAUUAUUUGGGACGAAGCCCCUAUGAUGAGCAAACAUUGCUUUGAGGCGUUGGAUCGUACUUUAUGUGACAUUAUGAAGACUACUGAUGGAAGGCCAUUUGGUGGCAAAGUAGUUGUUUUUGGUGGUGAUUUCCGGCAAAUACUACCAGUAAUUCCAAGGGGAAACCGAGCUGAUAUUGUCAUGGCGGCGCUAAACUCUUCUUAUCUAUGGAAGCAUUGCAAAGUGUUACAGCUGACAAAGAAUAUGAGGCUCUUUUCAGAAACAGAUCCUCGAGAAGCUGAGGAGAUUAAAAAAUUUUCCGACUGGAUUUUGGAUGUAGGUGACGGAAAGAUUAACGAGCCAAACAGUGGAGAAACUAUGAUUGAUAUUCCUAAAGAUCUGCUGGUUAUGAAGUGCACUGAUCCUAUUGAAGCUAUCGUCUCUGAAGUAUAUGGCAACACUUUCAAAGAUUCGAAGGAUCCAUUAUUUUUCCAGGAAAGAGCAAUAUUGUGUCCUACGAACGAAGAUGUUGAUGUUAUUAACAACUAUAUGCUUGAUCGUCUAGCAGGUAAUUUUUUAGACGUUGCACACUAUUAAACGUUAGCUAUCAGUUUUGUUGCUACUAUGUUCUUUUAUACUGUGUAUCAUAGGAUUCUUACGACACAUUUUUCUUUAUUAGGUGAGGAGAGGACUUAUUUGAGUUCAGAUAGUAUUGAUCCAGCUGAUUUAAAAUCCAAAGAUGACUCUGUUUUUUCUCCAGAGUUUUUGAAUAGUAUCAAAACAUCAGGAUUACCUAAUCAUGCUCUAAGGCUUAGGAUUGGUACACCAGUUAUGCUGAUUAGAAAUUUGGAUCCCACAGAAGGACAAUGUAAUGGGACAAGGUUGCAGAUUACUGGGCUGGCUAAACAUAUUCUUCAAGCGAAAAUCAUCACUGGAACUCGAGUUGGUGAGACGGUUUUUUUACACCGAGUCUUGAUAGAGCCCUCAGAUUCAAAGCUUCCUUUCAAAAUGAGACGUAGGCAAUUUCCCCUGAAAGUGGCCUUUGCUAUGACCAUCAACAAGAGCCAGGGUCAAACACUAUCUAAUGUGGGUUUGUUUCUACCAAGACCUGUUUUUUCACAUGGGCAAUUGUAUGUGGCUGUGUCAAGGGUAAAGUCAAGGAAGGGAUUGAAAAUUCUGAUUACUGAUAAAGACCAAAAACCUCAAGAUUCAACCCUCAAUGUUGUAUUCAAGGAAGUUUUCCAGAAUCUGUUUGAAAACUGCAAUGCAAAAUAGUUUUCGUGGAACUAAGCUAAUGCUUCCAGGUUUUGAAGCAGAGAGUCAUGAAAUCAAUACGUACUAGAAUGAAAUGGCGAGAACGAGCAUGCAGCAAUACUUUUCAGAGAAGAGAAAAUAAGUUUUAUUGUUUCACAUAGCCUACCAGAAAACCUAAUCAAGACAAUAUUGUUUCACUAUCAACAUGGUUCCAUAUUUGGAUUUUAAACUCACCAGUCGUACUAUAGUAGUUUUAUCAUAUUUUCAUUCUGCAUCUACAAUUGAAAAUUUGGAAAACUUACAUGUUUGGCUUAUUUGACACCCUUGGAAUUGUAGACGUUUCACGGUUCUUCUUUUAAAUUUGUUCCAUUAUCUUUUCAUUCCUGUAUAAGAAAAUAUAAUGCAUAGAUAAGUUGGUAUUUAAUAGAUUUUAUAACAGUGAUGACAAUAAAAUACAAGUUUACAUUACAUAUAAUAUGUAAGUGCACUAUAUUUAAAUUCAAAUAGUUUUCUCACUUUUAUUUACAGAGGAAAUUAUUGUUACAAAUUUUGUGAACCCUAAUGAAACUACAUUAUCACGACCAGAGUGUUUUUAGCAUUUUUCAUUGAAAAAUUUUCGACAUCUCCUAUAUAUAUAGUCUGGUCUAUCGGCAUGCAUGCAGCAUAAAAAGUUAUGUUUACUAUAUAUACAGUAUGAUAAUUUUCAACAUACAUGUUUUAAAUUAUUUUAUUGACAUUGAUUGCUUGGUGAGCAAGCCUUCGGCGCUUUUUGUGGAGGACAUGUAU